CAUUUUUAUUUAGUUUGUAGCCGUUCUUUGACGUUAAACCACUGUGUCGGUUUGGACUAUACUUUGCGCUCUGUUUUUGAAUAGUGUUUCGAUAUAAAUACCAACAGAUGAGUGAUAACGUGUUAAGACUUUCGCAAGCUUAUCAGUGCUCAGUGCCGCCAGGCUCUGGCAUGGGAGGGCGCAGGAUGAUUAAAGCAGCAGCUGUGCUGAUAACAGUAGGAUACUGUAGCCUUUUAGUGUACCAUGGCGGAGUAACUUUCAACUUCCAAGAAAGACCGGGAGCAGUGCAAGUGCCUGACCUUUCUAUUGAACCUGUGACAAAAACAAGUCUUUACAAUAGUGGACAGAAUAAAAACAUUAGUUUAAAUGAUAUUUUUAUUAGUGUUAAGACAACAAAACAUUAUCAGUAUACAAGAUUACCGAUAAUUUUGAAAACAUGGUUUCAAUUAGCGAGGCAACAGACUUGGUUCUUCACAGACACAGAAAAUCGACAGCAUCAAAAUCAAACCAAUGGACACAUGGUAAACACGAACUGCUCGGCGUCGCAUCAACGCAAACACCUCUGCUGCAAAAUGUCGGUGGAGUAUGACCAUUUCCUGGAGAGCGGUAAAAAAUGGUUCUGUCAUUUCGAUGAUGACAACUACGUGAAUGUGCCGCGACUUGUCACCGUGCUGCAGAAAUACAACCAUCAAGAAGACUGGUACCUUGGACGGACAUCCAUAUAUGAGCCUGUGAAGUUGUACAAAAAACCUACAAAUAAGUUAAUGUUCUCGUUUUGGUUCGCCACCGGUGGUGCUGGAUUUUGCAUCAGCAGAAGUUUGGCGCUGAAAAUGUUACCUGUUGCCAGUGGCGGCAGAUUCAUCAGUAUUUGCGAGGGUAUACGGUUACCAGAUGACGUCUCAAUGGGUUUUAUAAUUGAACACCUAAUGAAGAAAAACCUCACUCUGGUGCCGGAGUUCCACUCACACUUGGAGCAGAUGAAGCUAUUGGUACCGGAAACCUUCCGUGACCAGAUCUCAUUCAGUUACGCCAAGGUUAAAGAUGAAUGGAAUGUACUCAACGUGCCUGGAUUCGAUACCAGAUAUGAUCCUACAAGGUUCCUGUCGCUCCACUGUUUUUUAUUCCCUCAAUUCAAAUAUUGUCCAAGAUAGUAUUCGUAAUAAUAAUUCAAAUAUCUUUGAUGUUCUUAAUACUAUAUUAUCAAGACAGAAUUCUAGAAAAGAAAUUCACAAAUUAUUAUUGAAAAUGUACAUAAGUAUAUUGAAUACGAAAAUAGGUAAUUUAAAAAACAAGUUCAACAACAGAAAAUUGGAAUUAGUUUUCUGCAGUACAUCUAUUUUAAGGUACAAGCACUUAUCAUAAUCAGAAAUGCCGACAAUACAUUGUUAUUUAUUUAUAAUUUACGUUUACAUGUUUUGUAAAUUCCAUUUUAUAAUAGUAUUAAAUUAUUCUAAAAUUUAGGACUGUUAUAAAAUGAAUCUCUAAAAUUAUUUUAUUUUCUGUAACAAUUUAUAAAAUUCUAAUCUGUGCAAUAAUUUGAAUUUAGAAAAGAACUUUAAAUUUUAGUACGUACGUUUUUAUUGCACAUCUAUUAUUACUUUACGCUGCAAAAUAACAUUCAUACUCGUAGAUUGAAAAACGUUAUUUUAUUAGAUUGUGAUAUUAAAUUGUAGAUAUUUGAAUAGUUAUUAAAAACAAUAAAAGAAUCACUGUCUACUCUAAAGAGAGAAUGGCGUGAGUGACAAUAAUUAUACUAACAAACCUACAUUUACUAUUAUUAUUUAUGUAAUAUACAUUAACAAUUAUUGUAAUUUUGUAUACAUAGUCGUUAUAUUUAAUUAUCUGUGAUAUUAGUUUUUAACGUAUUAACUAGGUAGAUAUAUUCAACAAUACUAUUGAGAUGUUGUAUUUAAAAUCUGAGUCAAAUGUUAUGACAUUGUU